AUAUGUUUUCUAAUAAAGUUUUCUGUUCGUUUUCAGGACGUUCUCAAAGUAUUGUUUGUAUGACUCGAAAAAGAUUUCGAACAAAAAUUACUUCGAAAAAUACAUUGUAUUUUUUUACGUCUCAACACUUUCAUGCUUCUUUAAACUCAAACUUUUUAUUACCUAAACAUAGACCAUUAUCAAAAUCAUUUAUUCCACCAGUUUUAAGAAAUGGCUUGUCAGGAAGAAAUUCCGUAAAUUUGACAUCGCAAUCAUCAAUCCUCGCUGUUACUACAGCAACUAAAUUUACCAAACCUACUGUUGGAUAUUGGUUACUUGGAACUGCAGGAUUGGUUUUUGGUAUUGUUGUAUUAGGAGGUCUUACUAGAUUAACUGAAAGUGGACUGUCAAUUGUUGAAUGGAAACCAAUUACUGGCAUAAUCCCUCCUUUAAAUAAUGCUCGUUGGGAAGAAGAAUUUGAAAAAUACAAACAAUUUCCAGAGUAUAAAUUAUUAAAUUAUAACAUGACAUUACCAGAAUUUAAGUAUAUUUAUUUCAUGGAAUGGGCUCAUCGAAUUUGGGGACGUGCUAUCGGAUUGGCAUUCAUUAUCCCAGCAACAUAUUUCGGAUUUCGUGGUUACAUGACUAAAGCAACGCUAAAUAAAGUCAUUGGACUUGCUGGAUUACUCGGAUUCCAGGGAGUGCUAGGAUGGUACAUGGUCAAAUCCGGAUUGUCUGAAGAAUCAAUGGCAAUACCAAAUGCAGUUCCACGUGUCAGUCAUUACCGAUUGGCUGCGCACUUGGGAAGUGCAUUCUUGCUUUAUAUGGGUAUGCUUUUAACUGGACUACAGGUUUUGCGAGAUGCAAAGAUUGCAAAUGGUACCUUUCCAAAGACUGUUGCUAAAGCAUUGGCGAAUCCAGCUAUUAAUACUUUUCGCCGAUCCGCUAUUGGCAUGACUGCAUUGGUGUUCUUAACUUCCAUGUCUGGUGCAUUGGUUGCCGGAUUAGAUGCAGGGUUGAUAUAUAAUGAAUUUCCAUAUAUGGGACAGGGAAUUGUUCCACCAAAAUCAGAGUUAUUUUCAAAAACAUAUGCAAAAGCCGGCGAUAUUAGCUUAUGGAGAAAUUUUUUUGAUAAUCCGACGACUGUACAAUUUGAUCAUAGAGUUCUGGCUGUAACUACACUUAGUAUAAUUAUAGCAUUAUGGCUGUAUUCAAGAAAAAUUCCUUUGCCAUCAAAAACUAAACUUGCUGCGAAUUAUUUACUUGGAAUAGCAGUGUUGCAAGUUACUUUAGGAAUUAGUACUUUGAUUUAUAUGGUACCUAUUCCUUUAGCAUCUGCUCAUCAAGCUGGUAGUUUAACACUAUUAUCGACUGCUUUGUGGUUAGUACAUACUAUAAAAAAAGUGCCAAUUAAAAUAUAAUAUA